AUGGGUUCCUCUCGUGCCUCCAGUGAUCAUACCGGAUCCAUCGGAUCCCAUGAAGUAUACAAAAAGACCUCUCUUUCCAGCAAGGCCGAUCCGAACCAGGCUUUGAAUGAGGCGCAACCAAUGGCCAAUGUCGGGGGAUCGGAGAUGUUUUCCUUGCGAUCGAUUCAGCACCGCGAUGCCGAGGGUAAAGUGAUCACUGACCCUGACAAGUCAAAUCCAACUCGGAAUCGACUCGAGCGCCCUUUAGACACGAUCCGAUCGUUUGAGGCUGCCAUUGAUCGACGACGUAGGGAAAAUGCCAUGCCAUAA